UAGUGGACGCACCACAUGGGCGCUCAGAGCGGGUGCAGAUCGCACGCUCCCCAUGUCAAGUCUUGUGCGUGCCACGGUUUUCCUUGUUUUGUUUUAUUGAACGAACGGACGAGGCCAGGCCACCCACGGUGUCUGCGUGCGAGAGCUCGCAGUGGAGUCCGGAGGUUGGAGAAAGGGGCAAAGAGCUGGUCCGCAUGAGGCUGUUGUGCUCGUCGCAUUUUGGUCACACAAUUGUUUCGUCUUCAAGAUGCCAUGAAUUCAUCGCAUCAGUGUGUGCGCGCGCGGGGCGGACGGGACUCUACCGCGUACGGUUCCGCUGUUUGAUGAAAUGACAGACAAUGUUUGAUUAAAGAAAACGUUGCUGUAGCAGUUAGGCCAAUGGCUGCUUGCGCAGAGCACCUGGUGAAAGAGAUUCUUGGGCGGUCUAAAUCCGCCGGAGAAUGGUUUGGGACUAGUUGCCUCGUAAACUACAACGCAACAAGACCAAAGUACGUCCGAUGGCGACGCGAUUGAACCUUUGUCGACCCAGGGACUCCCGGCUCGUGGGGCACGGGAUUCACUGUGCACUUUUUGCACGCAAUCACAGCCAUCCAAACCCGUCUUUUUGCUCCACCAUAAGGGUUGAAGAAUGCACGCAAUGGGUGUGCUAUGAUUUGCACCAGUCGUAUCGCCUUGUCAACGGUCGCACAAAAGGUUGCUUCCCCGCCCUACUUUGGGCGACCACCAGUAGUGUUGUCUUGAAUCUGUCUUCUGGGCUCUUUAUUCCGUAACGUUCAGCUCUCUCCUUCCUUCAGCACCAAAGCUUGAUGCCUUCGUCUGUGCGUUGGACACGAGAUGGAAUUUUGCUUUCUCUCUCCGCACAGUCACAUCUACGUGUAGUGCUAUUCUUUAUUUCGAAUCUGCUUGUUGGUUGGUGGAGCUCAGUGGGAGCACUGCACGCCUCUCCUUAGAAAAUUAUUGUUCCCACUGGUCCGUAACUCGUGAUAAGCUGUGCUUCAGAAUGCAACUUGGUGUUGCUACUUGUUAAUCCGUGGUUGGUUCUGGUUGUUGUGAUAUUAUUUACUUUGAUUCUGGAUAUCAAAGCCACGAUGGGUCCAAAAAUUUCCCCAUCAAGUGCCUUGAUCUGUCAGCUUUGUGAAAGCAGAGCAAUCGAUUGCGACACGGAAGACCAUAUGGAACGAAGUCACUUAGUUUUAAACUUAAGAGAAUUGUGUGCCUUUCUUGGUCCUCAUGCGACCUUACUUCGACCCUGAUUAUGAAAAUUUCAGCCAAUGGAUCAAUCCCCCAAGAGUGUGUAUAGACAAUGUUACCUGCAAUGACUGUACACUUGUUAAGGUGGAUAGUGUGAACAAGCCCGGGAUACUUUUGGAAGUGGUGCAGGUUUUGAGCGACCUUGACCUAGCCAUUUCUAAAGCUUACAUCACUUCUGAUGGCACAUGGUUUAUGGAUGUAUUCCAUGUUACUGAUCAGCAAGGAAGAAAGAUUACCGAGAAAAAGACUAUCGACUACAUUGAGAAGGCUUUAGGUCCAGAAAGCCUAAAGGCGGACUCAUGGCCAGGAAAAUCAGUGGGAAUGCACUCAUUUGGUAAUCACAUUGCUAUAGAACUAAUUGGCACAGACCGUCCAGGCCUCCUGUCUGAGAUCUUUGCGGUCCUUGCAAAUCAGCAUUGCAAUGUGGUAGCUGCUGAGGUUUGGACCCACAAAAUGAGGGUUGCUUGUGUUAUAUACAUAAAUGAUGAGGCCACAUCUGAACCAAUGAAGGAACCUAGCCGCAUGUGUACAAUGGAAGAGCAGCUACGGAAUGUUUUGCGUGGGUGUGGUGAUGAUGUAAAAGGUUCUUGCACUAGCUUUUCUAUAGGUUCCACUCAUGUGGAUCGUCGCCUUCAUCAGCUAAUGCUUGCUGACAAGGACUAUGAAGGUUAUGGUGGCGCUAUAGAGGAGAAAGAUGACAUGCUUUUCAGGCCAGUCAUCACUAUUGAUCAAUGCGAGGACAAAGGUUACUCAGUGGUGAACAUAAAGUGCAAAGAUCGGUCAAAGUUGUUAUUUGAUAUAGUCUGCACAUUGACGGACAUGCAAUUUGUUGUUUCCCAUGCCUCAGUCUCAUCUGAUGGCCCCUAUGGUGUACAGGAGUUAUAUAUUCGUCACAAGGAUGGAAAGAUCCUUGAUUCAAAAGAUGAAAAGGAGAGGGUCAUCAAGUGCCUCGAAGCUGCAAUUCUUAGAAGAGUAUCUGAGGGAUUCAGUUUGGAGAUUUGUGCUAGAGACAGAGUAGGGUUGCUCUCUGAUGUGACAAGAGUUCUUCGGGAGUAUGGCCUCUCGGUACUAAGAGCAGAUGUGACGACCAUAGGAGAGAAGGCCAUGAACGUGUUCUACGUGAGGGACCCAUCCGGGAAUCCAGUGGACAUGAAGACCAUCGAAGCUCUCCGACAGGAGAUUGGACACACCGUGAUGCUCAACGUGAAGAGGGUACCUUCCACCACCAAGUCUCCCGAGGCCAGUGGCUGGGCCAAGACCAGCUUCUCCUUUGGCAACUUGUUUGGUAAGUUCUUGAGCUGAUCAGGGGCACAGGGUUGGCCUCUUAAGGAAUGAGGCUUGUUAGUAAGACCUGCAUGUAGAUUAAACAUCCCGCAAAAUGUAAAGUAUUCAAAUAUGGAAUGAGAGGGACUGCUAGUAAAGCUGCAUGUACCGAAUGGAUUCCAGAAUUAUCUGUUUGGGGUCUUGUAGACCAGAUGGUGCUUUAAAGGUUCUGUCCCAUGGGAUAAGGGCAUUGAUCUUAUUACUUGGAGACAGGUUUUUCUGCA